AUGCAUAUGUUCGCUCCAGUUGCCGUGGUGCUUGCCCUGGUCAGCGCAGUCCGUGUGCGUGCAGAGGGAGAAGCCUAUCUGACGGAGCUCGCGGAGGAAGUGCUCAGCUGGACGCAGGAGGUCUUGCCAAUGCCAUGGGACGUUGUCUUCAACAUGCCGACGAACAGGGACGUGGGCUCCGUCAUCGAUCACGACCUCCGUGAGAUGUACGAGACAGAGGUGUAUCCCAAAGCUCCGAAUGGAGCUCUCGAAACUCAGCGUGAGCUAGACGGCUUCCCGCCCAACGUCGCGAUUGGCAGGGCACUGAUCAAGGACAGCAAGAGACCCGCCCACCCGCCUGCGUUCUACCGCGGCACGGGGGACGGCUGCGAAGAGGUGAGGCACCUCAACGGUAUGGUGAAUCCGUCGGGACACACGACGUGCUGGGGUUGGGAAAAGGUCAGGUACGGCGCCAUGACGGCGUGGCUGAAUUACUGGGCCUCGCGCAACAGCGACAAGAUUGUCGUCUUCCAUGCCGCGGGCACGACGCUGUACGCUGGCUGCGAUGAGAACACAAUCAUGUACAAGUACAAUGAGAUCAUCGACGCUAGCGUUGGCAGUCCGACGGUUGUCUUGGCUGCUGAAGUGAGCCCGCCCCAAGAGGAGAUGUCGUGGCGGUACGACAUCUCCACUGAAGCCGAGACAGCCAGGACUACGUUCUUGUCGAGUGCUUCGGGCGCCGACUUGACAACCUACGCCGACUGCAACGCAACUGUUGGGUAUUGUGACUCUCCAGCCAAGUAUCGGUACGCGAGCUCCGCCUUCAUCAUGGGCCCUGCCGGUGAUGUCGCGGAGAUGUUUUCCGAGAUGACUUACUGGUCCAAUUCGGAGAACCGCCUGGUCAACGAAUAUUUCCUUUCGAACACUGACAAGGUGGCUCUCGACUACUCUGGCAUCCUGGUGUUGUCCCUGAACAACAUGAAGUUGGACGCGAAUAUCCCUGUCACGGUGGUGGACAAUGCGGGAGCCAAGUCUUUCCAGAAUAAGGCGACCGGCACCAGCGUGUGUUUCGUGCACGGCGGCGGCAACUCGCACGAUGCCCUCAAAGUUCUGGCCCAGGAGCUUACGGCAUGA